AUGGCCCUGUAUUGCGGAGACAACUUCGUAUACUCUCAGCCCGCCGCCGCCGCCGCGCCCGGUGCGCCCCCGACCUCCAGGGCACCCUAUGGGCUAUCCGACUACGCCGCACCUCCCGCUGCAGCCGCCAACCCCUACCUGUGGCUCAACGGGCCCGGCGUGGGCGGCCCGGCAUCCGCUGCCGGCUACCUAGGGGCCCCGCCGCCGCCCCCCGGAGCAGCGCCCGGAGCCUUCCUGCAGCCGCCAGCCGCUCCCGGCACUUUCGCGGGCGCCCAGCGGGGCUUUACACAGCCCUCGGCGGCCGCACCUGCCUCGCCGGCCGGCUCCGCAGCCCCAGGCGAGCUGGGCUGGCUGUCGAUGGCCAGCCGCGAGGACCUGAUGAAGAUGGUGCGGCCACCCUACUCGUACUCGGCGCUCAUCGCUAUGGCCAUCCAGAGCGCGCCUGAGCGCAAGCUCACCCUCAGCCACAUCUACCAGUUCGUCGCCGAUAACUUCCCUUUCUACCAGCGCAGCAAGGCUGGCUGGCAGAACUCCAUCCGCCACAACCUAUCACUCAACGACUGCUUCAAGAAAGUGCCCCGCGAUGAGGACGAUCCAGGAAAAGGUAAUUACUGGACUCUAGAUCCAAACUGUGAGAAAAUGUUCGACAAUGGAAACUUCCGUCGGAAGCGAAGGCGUCGUGCGGAGGCCAGCAGCAACCUUACUGUGCCUUCAGGGACAUCAAAAUCAGACGGGCAGUCCUCAAGACUAAGAGUGAGUGGGAAGCUAGAAGGAGACAGCCCCUCUUCUAUGCUGAGGCCAUCUCAGUCACCAGAGCCUCCUGAGGGCACCAAGAGUACGGCCUCCUCUCCUGGAGCAUCCACCCUCACCUCCACUCCAUGCCUUAACACUUUCCUCAGCAGCUUCAACACCCUAAGUGUCAACGCCAGCAGCAUGAGCACCCAGCGAACCCUCCCAGGCAGCCGUCGCCACCCCGGAGGGACCCAACUGCCCUCCAGCACCACAUUCCCCAACACCUCCAUCCCAGACAGCUCUCCAGACUCUGUGCAGCUGAGCACUGUGGGUGGGGGCAGCCAGCUGUCCUCCUACUACAGCCCUUUCUCUGGCGGCAGUGGGGACCAGAGUAGCCCCUUCGGCAGCCCUUUCUACAACUUCAGCAUGGUCAACAGCCUCAUCUACCCCCGGGAUGGCUCUGACAUGUAG